AUGAGCGGUCCUCUUUUCUUCGUCCAUCCUUCUCAAUUCCUCGACUUCAAAGAAGUCCUGCUCAACGAUUCAGUCCGUCUCUUUUCCCGUAUUGAGAUCGAGAAUAUUGCCCAGACGAAGAUCGCUUAUCGGAUCAGAACCAAUGCCAAGGAUGUUUACACUGUCAAGCACAACCCCGGCUUUGUGGAGAAGGACUUAAAAAGCGAAGUCUUGAUCUUUGUGAAGCCCGGCAAGGUCAUCAACGCCCGUCAUCGCUUCGUGGUUACGGUAGCCGAGUGCAAAGACGGUAAGUUCGAAAGACGGCACCGUUAAAUGCUUCAGAUUCGGCAGAUCGCAAAGAUUUCUGGAAGAAUAGGGAUGGGAAUGACAAACUGGCACAUUGGAAAUUGUCGGUUCGUGUCCCUACCAUGGAUACCGAGACCACCAUGUCCAUGUAUCAACAACAAGUAAAGGCCCUCAAGAUUGAAAAUCAGAUGCUCAGAAACAAAUGCGACGUGAUGUUGGCCGCGGGAAAAGAGAUUGUGGGAAGUGAGGCGGGCUCAGGGGAGACGACUCCUUUCUACAAUCAGAAAAUCGACACUUCCACGGUGUUUCUGAUGUCCUUUGUGGCGAUUCUCUUGAGCCAAAUCAUUAUUUAUGUCUUCAGAGUGAUUUAA